AUGUCGUUUGUUAAAGUAGAAACAACUGAAAUCGAAGUUGGUAAGCUUAAAGUUCAAAACAGUACUGACAAAGGUUAUGCUGUACAGGAAAGAGGAGCACAUAACAUUGCCAUGGGUGAAGUACACCCAUACAUAAUGCCAAAAUUCGAAGACAAAUACGAAGAGAGGAAAUGGGCAUUAGAGCACAUGGCAGCUGCAUUUAGAUAUUUUGCAAGAGAAGGUUAUUGUGAGGGAACUGCUGGUCAUAUCUCUGUAAGAGACCCUGUUGAUCCAGCUACCUUCUGGAUUAAUCCAUUAGGUAAGCAUUUCAAGUUAAUGAAGGCUGCCGAUAUGGUUCAUAUUGAUGAGGAUGGUAACAUCCUUAGUGACGGUCCAAAAUGUGCAAUUAACGCGGCUGGAUUCGCUAUUCAUUCUGCUUUACAUAAGGCCAGACCUGAUGUUAAUGCUGCAUGCCACACACAUUCUGUCUACGGAAAAGCUUACUCUACUUUCGGUAAGCCUUUGGAAAUGCUUAACCAAGAUGUAUGUACAUUCUAUAAAAGUCACAGUGUAUACAAGAAUUUUGGUGGUGUUGCCAUCGAAGCCUCCGAAGGUGAGGAAAUUGCCGAAGCUAUUGGUGACGGUAAGGCUGGUAUUCUUCAAAAUCAUGGUCUCAUUACAGUCGGCUACACCGUUGAUGAGGCAGCAUACUUAUUUGGAUUAAUGGAAAGAUGUUGUAAAGUUCAAUUAUUAGUUGAUUCAAGCAGUGCUCCAUAUACCAUAAUUGGCGAAGCUGAAGCCAAUUACACUGAACAAAUUAACGGUGAUCCAGAGACCUUGUACACUGAAUUUCAACCAGACUAUGAAGUUGAGUUGGAGGAAGCCAAGACAUCAUUCUUAUUUAACUAA